AUGGCUCUCGGCGGCGGCUCCUCUACUUUCUCUUCCGAGACCACCACCUCCUCGGCCUCCUCCCUGCCCUCGACCUCUGCAGCGGGUUCCUCGGGGUCAGAUGGACCUGAAAAGCCAGGCCCAAGCCACACUGUGGUCCGCCGGAUACGCCGCCACCCACCUGUGCUGAACAUGGUGCUGGAGGCGCUCAGGGCGGGCGAGCAGCGCCGGGGCACCUCGGUUGCGGCCAUCAAGGGUUUCAUCCUGCACAAGUACCCGGCAGUGGACGUCAUCCGGCUCAAGUACCUGCUGAAGCAGGCCCUGGCCACGGGCGUGAACCGUGGCCUCCUCACCAGGCCCGCUAACUCCAAGGCCAAGGGCGCCACCGGCAGCUUCAAGCUGGUUCCCAAACACAAAAGGAAAACCCAGUCCAGGAAGACAUCCACCAAGACAGUGCCCAGAAAUGCUGGGGCGGCCAAAGAACAGGACCCCAAGAAGCCUAGCAAGGCAAAGAAGGUCCCUCUCAACCCAGGCCAGGCCAAAAGGGAGGCCAGGAAGCCAGGAGAGGGGAGGGCGGCUCACCCCAAAGCAGGUGCAGCCAAGGAGACCCCCAAGGAAUCCAGCAAGGCAAAGAAAGACCCUCCCUGCCCAGGCCAGGUGAAAAGGGGGCCCAAGAAGCCAGCAGAGGGGAGGACGACGGCUGCCCGCAAGCCAGGCGUGGGCAAAGAGAGGGCUCCCCAAAAAGGUGGCCGGAGCAAGGACCAAGAGGCCAGGCUGGGCAAGGCCCCCAGCACCCCCCAGCAGCCACACAAGGCCGCAGAGGCCCCCCGUGCUGGGAAGGCAAAGACCACAGGCAGGAGCCCCCAAGGUGCCCAACCCAGCAGCAAGACGGAAGCCAAGAGUCGGGGCUCCAAGCCCACAGUCACCAAGAUCAAGAACGGUACCGCCUCCCCCGCCAAAAAGAUGAGCGCCCCUCCAAAGGCCGCUGCCCGGGGGGCUGGGGUGGCCUCAAAAACCAAGACGGCUGCAGCCUCUCAGGGCGGCGGGCCCCACACGAGGCUCUCGCCCCUGGCCAGGAAGACAGUGGUCCCCAAGGGCCUGAGGAGGUCCGGCGUGCCCACUAGGGCCGCCUCACUCAAAGUGGCUGGCAGGAAGGCGGGAGCCCAGAGCUAG